UCUCCGGCUCUGGCUCUCUGUCUCUCUCUCUCUCUCUCUCUCUCUCUCUCGGAGUGAGCGAGGAAGGAAGGGGAAGGAAGGAAGGAAGGAAGGCUUUGACGAUGAUGGUGGAGCUGCUGCUGCUGCUUUUGUGAAUGAGGGUUAGACAGACAGACCAAUACCAUUGUGGAGUUUUAAUGUAGGACGGAGGGAGCGCUAUUGCUGCUGCUUUCGAAGCUUGGGUGAGUGUGGUGAUAUAGGGAUGCUUUCCCUGCAAGCUGGAAUCGGUUCGGAAGGGGUAUAUGAGUUUCGGUGAGGUUGCGGUUGGUGGAUUGUGUUAGAGGUGCCGUUUGAUGUGGUUAAGGAUUGGUACUCUACAAAUGCUUUGGAUUCUCGUCGUAGAAAAUUCGAGUUCCCUCUGAUGAUUUGGGUUGAUCAGUGGGGCGCUGGAAAGUAUUUAGCAAGGCUAUGGGAAGUAAGGGGCCGUAGGGUUGUGGUAAUUUUCAAGUGAGGGAAGUAUGGUUUUUUACGGUGUUACAAUAACUCGCCUGACUUUCAUGAAUAGAUAACAUGGACAAAAUCUGGGACUAGACGUUAGCGUGACCUACAAUUCUGCUUAUCAAACUGAAUCCUGAGAUUUUAAUAGUUCCUUGCUUGGAACAACUCCCUGAAAAGGUUGCCAAAAGUUUCAACAAGAUCCAGCAAUAUUCAAUCAAAUUUACAUCAUCCAGAAGGGGAUUGCAGGACGUGCACUUCUUAAGUCUAGGUUAUUCUGGUCACAAUUCAUUUCAGUAUCUGCUCACAUAAAAGUUCGUGCACAUAGGUUCGUUGGUAUUGGACACUAUCUACAGCAAAGAUAAAGCUCAGUACCAGAAGAAACUUAAAGCCAUGGCAGCUGUUUGGAGAAACGCAGGAAGUUCAGGAGCUCUUGAAUCUGGUAGUAGGUCAGCCCAGGUAGAUAUAAUUCCUGACGACUCGUGUGAUAUAUGUAUGGGCGAAGACGGAGCAUGUGAUAUUUGGUUUAGUCCCUGUGCGCACAAAGCAUGUGCUUCAUGCGUCCAGAAAAUGCGUAUUGCAAAUGUUUAUAAGGCUGAUAAAGGUGUGAAAUGUCCAUUUUGUCGGCAAUUAAUAGAGUCAUAUUUAGAUUCACCUCCAUUACAACAUCCAGCUUAUUCUCCUUUUCCACCCGAAUCAGCAUCCUUUAAUCUUGUUACGGGAAGGAAUCCAGAGCAAGUUUCGAAAGCAGUAGCUGAAACAUCGGUUAAGAAACCUUACGGUCGAGGGGGUAUAGUAUCUAUUGGGGGUGGAAAUGACUACAUACCUCCUAAAGGUGUUACUGGAAGUGAUGGGGGAGGUCUGCGGUCAAGUACACGAAUGGAUGAUUUAUUACCUGGUUACGUAGUACCCCCAUUAAAAGAUACAGACGACAUAGUGAGCAUGGCCAUGGAUCGAACGGGUGCUAGACAUUUAGAUUUCAUGUUACGAGAUGGAUAUCCGAAGCGUCACAAAGUGGCGAAACUUUGUCGAGAAAUGCUUACUCCUUUUUCUGCGAAACUAGCCGUUCAUGCUUCUGGGAAUUAUGUAUUACAAAGAAUGCUUGAGUAUGCUGCGACUCACAGAGGAGAAGGUGGUAACACGGAGAGCUUCUUUACAAGUAUUGUUCGUUCUUUCUGUCUAGACAAAGGGUUGGUAAUGGCCGCCCAAGAUCAUCGAGGCACUUUCUCGGUUCAAAAGAUGCUGGUGUCGGUGAAAGGUACGGAGGAAGCAAAUCUAGUAGCGACAUGUAUUCAAGGGUCUGUGGUACAGCUCGCGCUAGAUCAAUAUGGAGUCUAUGUUUUAGAGCGAUUGGUAGAGGCUAUGAUAACCUCGUUGAACCCUGCACCGGGCAAGAAGGCACGAGUUCCAUCAAAGGUUGCAAUGAAGAUUUUGGCUCAGAUUUGUGAAGAAAUGCACACUGAUUCAGCGUCCUUAGCCUGCAUUGCUAAGCACCAGGUCAUCAUCGACAAUACCGUGUCUCUGUGUGGAGUGAGUGGAUUAAUGCUUGUUGAGUGCAUUCGGUGGGCGUUGCCACAACCUGAGGCCUUGACUGCAGCUGUAAGCCUAGCAAAAUUGUCUAGUGAUCUUGUUGGGUUCAAGCUAUCUCAUCGAACACUGCAGGGUGUGCUUAGUCUGGAGGUGAAGGAAGUUGCGGAGCAUGUUAUCCAAGGCUUACAAGGGCACUAUGUAGAAUUGGCAUCUGAUACAAUCGGAUUUGGAUUUAAGCUAGUUCGGGCAUGCCUGGCAACUCCAUGUGUUGGAGAAGACAUGCGACUACUUGUUGUAAAUGAACUUCUGGAUGGCGUUAUUUACCCAUCUGCACAUCAUUCUUUGAUCGAUAAUACAGCUGGUUGUGAAAUGUUAGCUUUCGGACUCUGUCUUCUCUCGCGCAGAAUUUUAGAUGAACGUUUGGACAAAAUGAUUAUGUUUCUUGAACAAGAUAAGUGCCUUGUAUUUCGAGACCGCGUAGAGACUAUGCGUAAACACUUUUUUAAUGAAACCCCACCACCCAAUAUUCAGCUUGUUCCUGCUUCUGCUUCCCCAGCAUCAUUUGUUCCCUCAGUCACAAGAGUAUGUUCACUGGAUCUUAGUUCAAGCAACUCUGGAAACGACGUCGGUUGUAAUUCUCUCUCUGGAUAUUCUCGGGUUUUUCAAGGACAACCAAUGUCUGACCCAUGGUCCGAGGAAGCUCCGCCAGGUGGUGUGUUUUCGUUGGAGCACGUCGAAAAGCCUUUGACCAGAGUAGGUUCGAUGCCUCAUGUUCGACCAGCUACUUCUAGUUCUCGUCUUGCGUCUCCGGAACACAAUUACACAGGAGAAUCAAGUGGCGUAGAGAAUAGCACUAGCAACACAAUGGGAUCCCCCAGCGGUGGUACUUUAGGUGGACGAGGCAGUUCGAAUCAAUCUGGGAGUUCCACGCACACACCUCCGCAAUUGAGGGAUAGGAAUGUUAUCACAGUCCCUGGUCACAAUGGCGUCGGUAGCUCUCACUCGCAGCUGUCAUCUCUGGAAGGAAGGUCGGGAUCUUUUGCUCCUUCCCAUUUGCUGCGGUCUAACUCAAUUAAUGCGACUUCGCCACCCGGCUUGUCAGGAUUGAGCAAUGAGAUAUUGCUCCCUACUAGCAGUGAGUUUGGGAAUGGAAGUCUAACAAGUAGCUCCUCUCGUAAUGCACACAGUUUACUGCCUUACGGAAGUUCGGAUUUCCUGGACUAUAACUCAGAUCCCGUGGAGUCUCCAACAUACGCUGGUCCGAAGAAAACAAGUGAGCAGGACGUGCUGAGUGAAGCAGCUAAGUCUUCCGGGAGCCAGCGACAGCCUGGCAUCUGUGCUGUGUGCUAUCGGGAUGCAGCAAAUACGGUUUUGUUGAACUGCUCACACAUGUGCUGCUGCACCGUGUGCUCACGAGCUGUAAAGCUCUGUCCUAUCUGCAACAACAAGGUGACCAACGUAAUAGACAUUCGACCAGUGGGGAUGCCACCUAGUCCGUCAUCUUCUCUGCCUGCACAAAUUGUGGGGUCGAAUGCAUGGGACAUGUCUAGGAUGGCAAACUCCGUUUCAUCGAUUGUUAACAAUUUGGUAGAUGUGAGCAACGGGGCAAUUCAGUUUAGAGAAGGCCCUUCGCGACCCUCGUCUGCAAGCUCUCAAUAUCAAGGUAGCGAACCAGGACGAUUCGAGGGCAGCACCGUGAAUGCAGUAAAUCAGCAUUAUCCAUUCCGACAUUUUUCACCAGAUCAGCCUCCACCUGGAAUUCCAGUACCAAAGCAGAGUCCCGUGCAGUCAGGGAGUACCGUUCUUCGCAGCACAAGUCCUCAAACGAUCACUCCAAUGAACGCUAGUCCCAUUACUUCCAUUUCUAUGGGUGGUGCUAGACCUCUUUUCCUUCCUUCUGAUUUCUAUCCACAAGCUAUUAUAGGGAAUGGUGCGGCGGGAUCUACUUUCUCAUCCUACUCAAUUGCUGCCCCUAGUUUUAAUCAGCAUAUGGUUCCUUCGAGUUCUGUCAACAGUGCAGCGACUAAUCUGAAUGGAUCUGCUUUGAACCUGCCGGCAGCAGCAGCAGCUGUGACUUCGCCGAUCCCUGGGCGUCGCGCUCCUGCUCCUUACCGACCACCUGGAUUGUAUCGGCCGCCGGACCUGUUUACGCAGCCAGCAGUUUCGGCAGAAACACAAUCCAAUAACAGCUCAGUGAUGUCGGACUUUGCAAACAUGGUUCCUUCCCAGUGGAGGACAUAUCAGUAGUGGUGCAGUGGAAUGGUUUGGAAAUCAUUCCUUCGAGUAGUGAGAGGAAGUAUAUUGUCCUCUGCGUGAGGAUUAGGUGGUAUGCUAGUUAAUUCAUAGUUAGAUAAUGGUCACGCACAUGCUUUUACUUUUAAGAGGUUCGUGAACAUCUCCAAUCACUUGAUUGAGGUAGUAGAUUAUUGAGAGGAGCAUCGGUCAGUGAAAACUAGACACAAUUGUGUAUCGAGUUCUUUAUUUGGCGUUCUGUAAGGGACCCAUAUAUAAGUGUUGUUUCUAUUUUCCAAUGUUUUA